AGCGCAUGGCCGAAAUGGAUUCCGCCCAACUUCAGGCAUGCCAGACCGCCGCGGCUGCAUCACCCGGCAUGAAUGCGACACUCCAAAUGCUCACGGCCUUGGCACAGAUAAAUGCACAAAACCGAACAAGCGGCAACAUUGAUGUGGCUCAGCAGGUGUGGUCGUCAGCAAGAGCUGCAGGGGAACAAGCUCAGCCUCUGCUAGCGGCUCGUCAUGAUGCUGUUCUAGAAGACGCAGCUCCGUCAGACGUGCAGGAAAGCGAAAUGUAAGAAUUUAGAUUUUACUAGUCGAAGACAAGAUCUACUGGAGAGACAGAGUUCGUUGUUGUACUGACCUAGUAUAUAAUUACUAUUCAUCAAGAACGAAGAUGACGCUUGUUUCUUUUACGUGAGUGUCUACUAAGAUUCCAAAGGAAUCAUCUUUUUUCUCUCUCCUUGCCCGAAGACGUACAUACUGAGUUCAAAACUUCUCAUGAGUAACCUUGAGUUGAGUUGUAAAUGUCAUCGCGACUUCACCAGCAGUUGCUAAUGGAUCAGUAUAAUGAGAAAGUGAAUGCCUCGCUUCAUACUCGGAUUGAGAAUGCGACAUCGGACUUGCAGCGCACUGACACGGAAGAACAGGAUGAGGAGGAUGAAGAUGAAGAGGACAACACACUAGGGGAAACAAUGGACGGCGAUGAUGAAGAUGACGAUAUUGGAACGGUGGGUGAAACCAUUUCGAGCACUAGGGCUCGCGUUCAUUUUCCUAUGUAUACGUCGUUGCCAGCGCGUUCACUUCAGUAACUUCAGAGACGAGAGUAUUUGCUUUUGGGCUUCUUCAAGCGUUUUUUGCUUACUAUAAAAACACGCGUUUUUUUUCUAAUGGUGGUACUCGGCCAGUAUUCAUUUCGGGGAGUAGUCGGUAUCAACCGCGCAGCAACAAUAUCGGGUCAGCAGCAUCGGAGCCCAAACGCGUGCGGGAGUGGGGAGAGCACGGCGCAGGCAGCAGUGGGUCCAAGCACGUCCCGCUCGCAAAUAGUACGGACGGUUCUAUCCCGACCACGGCGGAGAACCGAAAGGAGACGUGGUUGAGUAAAAAGAGCAUACCGGCAGCGCUGGUGGAGGAGGGUGAGGUUGACGCUCGAGGCAAAGGCCAGCGCCGACCGAUGCCCCUCGUAGCGGGCUCGUCGGCGUCUCAGACCAGGUCCAUCGGGAGCCAGGACCGAACAGGAAGAGAUGGGACUACAGUAUCGGUCUUCUCUCCGGCAACGCCGAUCAUAGAGGUUAAGAGCUGACAACUGUAACCAUAACCUUGUGCACCUCAGUAGCAAGAAAAGUUAUUUUGAGAGACAAACUGUAGAUAAUUCAAAAUUCACCUCGCUUAAGGUUUCUAACGCACUUGUUACGAGGGAUCGUCAUUUUCUAUGCUAAAAUCGCACUCUUUACUCUCUGCGACCGUUUCUAAUUUGAACGCUGGUGAGAGCCGAGCCGGGCGUCUCGUCGAACUCCUCGAACGUGAGAGAGUUUCCUGCCCGUCGAAAAAGGAACCGAAGAGGCACACUUGUUUAUCGUUAGAGCAGAACCAUCGUCGGAUAGCGAGAGGCAAAGCGUGUGCCCCUGCUCUGCCACCUGGAGACCCGUCUAGCUGGCUGGCCGGAGAUUCGCGCAGUGCAACUAGCAGUGGAGAUCCGGGGCCAUCG